UUAAACUUCAAACGAGUCGCACGUAUUUCGUGUUUCGGUCCGUGUGUGCACGACGCAAGCACAUUUUCGCUUGCAGUGAAAAAAAAUUUCAACUUGAUUUCCACCACCGACUCCAUCGUAAAUAUCUGGAAAAGUGCAGAAAGUGAUAGUGCAGAAUUAUGACUGAUCGUCAUUCUCAGGCACGCGCUAGAGCGCGUGGCUAUGCGGUGAGUAGCUCUUCCCAUGAGUCCCGUGAAGGUCGCGGUCAGGUUCCAGUCCGUGGUAGUGGUGUUGGCAUACCUGGACAAGGUCCUCGUCCAGCGUGGGGUCAACCAGGCGGAGGUGAGGGACGAGCUUCAGUUCACCGAGAUUCAAGCGCCGGCCGGCAUGGAGGAAGCUCUACUGGUGGAAAUGGAAACGGGAACGGUGCUGGCACCAGUGGUAGCGGAGCCGCAGGCACCAGUCGAGGAGCCAUGCGCGGACGGCGUACCAUUGGUGACACACUGCGAACGCGUGCCAUAGAUGCACCUUCCAAGCACGGUACUACUGGACAACCCCUGCAGCUACACAGUAAUUAUUUUAAACUACUCAAACACAUCGAGUGGACUUUGUAUCAGUAUCGGAUUGACUUUUCGCCACAAUGCGCUAGCUCACGUCUCAUGCAGGGACUGGUGAAUGAACAUAAAAAAAUCUUUGGAGGAUUUCUGUUCGACGGCACUCAGCUGUUUAUGGUCAACAAGUUACGAAGCGAUCAGCUUACACUGCAAUCUCGCCAUGAGCGCACUGGUGAUAUUUAUCAGUUGCGCAUCGUUCACACUGGUACGGUUGAUAUGACCAACGAAACUGGUAUUCAAGUUCUCAACUUGAUUCUCCGUCGAGCGAUGGCUGGUUUGAAUCUACAGCUCGUAGGACGAAAUUUGUUUGACGCUGCGGCGAAAAUUUCCAUUCGUGAGUACCAGAUUGAACUGUGGCCUGGUUAUAUUACUAGUAUUCGUCAGCACGAGCAAGAUAUUUUGGUUUGCUGUGAAAUCGCUCACAAGACUAUGCGAAUGCAAACCUGUUAUGACAUUUUACGCGAUUGCCAAAAACACGACCGAAACUAUAAGGACUCGUUCAAGCGAGCCGUUUUGGGCGUUGUCGUUCUCACCGGGUAUAAUAACAAAACGUACACCAUCAAUGACGUUACAUUCGAAACGACUCCCGAGAGUACCUUCGAUACCAAAAACGGCAAAACGUCGUUCCUGGAAUAUUACAAAACCAAGUAUAACAUUCGCAUUCGAGACCCGCACCAACCUAUGCUGUUGUCACGAGCCAAAAAGCGAGAUCUCCGUGCUGGAGGUUGUGAACUGAUGGCACUGGUUCCUGAACUUUGUCAAAUGACUGGAUUGACAGAUCAAAUGCGUACAGAUUUCAGAAUGAUGCGUGCUAUGGCAGAUCACACCCGUCUUAAUCCAGAUCGUCGCAUCGAACGACUGGAAACGUUCAACCGUCGUUUGCAGACAUCACCGGAGAGCACGGAAGUGUUCAAAACUUGGCAGAUGGAACUGGACAGGCGCUUGGUUGAACUUCCUGGACGAUUGCUGCCGCAAGAAAUGAUAUUCUUCUCAACAACCGCAAAUGGAGUCCAAGCUGGUGAACAGGCCGAUUGGACCGCGCAUUUCCGGAACAAUCCUAUGUUCGCGACAGUACGUUUGACGCGCUGGUACCUAGUGGUACCGAAUCGGGCUACUCGUGAGGCAAACGAUUUCCUCGGCUGUAUGAUCCAAGCGGCCCGCGGUAUGCGAUUUGAAAUUAGUAAUUGUGAAAUUGUACCUAUUCCUGAUGAUAAUCCUGGCACGUAUGUGCGAACUCUGGACAACAUUUUGAACAAAGACCCACAGAUGAUAAUGUGUGUCGUGUCCAACAAUAAGGCCGAUCGCUACACCGCCAUCAAGAAGAAAUGUUGCGUUGACCGGGCCAUCCCAACACAGGUGAUGGUUCAAAAAACAAUCACCCCGAAAGGUGGCAACGUGCGAACACUGAUGUCGGUUGCUACGAAGGUCGUGAUUCAAAUGAAUUGUAAACUUGGCGGGGUUCCGUGGAAGGUAAAGAUUCCACUCAAUGGUCUGAUGACUAUCGGUUUCGACGUAUGCCACGAUGCCAAGGAUAAGACGAAGUCCUUCGGAGCGAUGGUUGCCACUCUAGAUCACGACAACAAGGGUACACCCAAGUUCUUCUCCACGGUCAGUCAACACACGCACGGAGAGGAAAUUUCCAACUAUCUUCCCAUCAAUACCGUAAAAGCAUUGAACGAGUAUCGUAAAGAAUUUGGGGAAUUACCCAAACGUAUUAUAUUCUACCGAGACGGUGUCGGUGAAGGACAGCUGCACUACGUCUACGAACACGAAGUCAAAUCGAUUGUAGAUAAGCUUAACCAGAUUUACAAGUCAGCCGGAAUUGAUCAAGAAGUUCUGUUGACAUUCUUCAUUGUAAACAAGCGUAUCAACACGCGCUUUUUCGACCGCCGACAAAAUCCACGACCCGGUACGGUAGUUGAUGAUAUUGUUACCCUCCCGGAAAGAACCGAUUUUUAUCUGGUGUCCCAGUCGGUCCGGCAGGGUACCGUUUCGCCAACGGCUUACAACGUUAUCUUUGAUACCUCAGGCUUGAAGAUUGAUCAUCUGCAAAUGUUGUCGUACAAACAGUGCCACUUGUAUUACAAUUGGUCUGGUACGACGCGAGUCCCAGCAGUGUGCCAGUACGCACACAAACUAUCCUUCCUGGUGGCACAGUUUUUGCACCAGGCACCGAGCAACUUGCUGGAAAAGAAGCUGUACUUCCUGUAAACGAAUCCAGUGCUAUGAAGAGACAAAAGGUGAGUGCGCGUCGUAUUCAUGUUUCGCAAAAACCUCCAAUGCCAGCAAACAAAGCAUUAUUUUCCAUCAUUUUCACGCACGUGAAAACGUUGAUCGUGAAAGGAACAAGAACGUAACCCGUGAAUCGUUACGCUUUCUCUUAGUAAGUAUUCGUGUUACUACUAUUUUUAACAUUCUUGACUUGCAAGAAAGUGAAGAGGAUAUACCCAAUGAAAGGAAUUUAUUUUUCCUAUACUUUUUAUUUGACCUACUGUUAAUUUUAGGAUUAGUUGUUAAUAGUUUGACAACAAAAGAAAAAAAGAUGACGGAGUAAUUUUUUAUACAA